AUGGCCCCGGCGUGCGUGCGGCCCCUGCUGAGGUACCGCUCCUCCGCCAUCCUCUUCCUCACGCCGCUGCUGCUGCUGCCGCUGCCGCUCGCUGUGCCCACGCGGGAGGCCAAAUGUGGCUAUGUCAUCAUCGUCAUGGCUGUGUACUGGUGCACUGAAGUGAUCCCCCUGGCUGUCACCUCCCUCAUGCCAGUGGUGUUUCUCCCUCUGCUUGGAGUUCGGAGCGCUAAAUCAGUGUGCUUGCAGUACCUAAAUAACACAAACAUGCUCUUCUUUGGAGGGCUGAUUGUUGCAAUUUCUGUUGAGCAUUGGAAACUUCACAAAAGGAUUGCACUGAAGGUCCUUCUGUUUCUUGGGGUGCAACCUGCACUCCUCAUGCUGGGAUUUAUGUUAGUCACUGCCUUCCUGUCCAUGUGGAUAAGCAACACAGCCACCACUGCCAUGAUGGUUCCCAUUAUCCAGGCUGUCCUGGAUCAGUUGGACAGCACGGAGCAUGAUGUGGCUGUGAUGGAACAAGCAGCUGGGCAAACAAAUACAGUGAUUGAGCUGGAGGAAAAGAGCACAUCAGUGUCCACUGCAGAGAAUGUUGUAAGCAAUGAACAAGUCCCUGAUGACCCCAGAUCUUCUGAGGAAAAGAAAAAGAGGAAGCAUAUACGCAAGGGAAUGACACUUUGUAUAUGCUAUGCUGCCAGCAUUGGAGGAACUGCAACACUUACUGGAACAGGACCAAAUGUGGUACUGAAAGGCCAGAUGAAUCAGUUGUACCCCAACAAUAAUGAUAUUGUGAAUUUUGCUUCCUGGUUUGGAUUUGCAUUCCCAAACAUGGUCCUGAUGUUGGUGCUAGCUUGGCUUUGGUUACAGUGCUCCUUCAUGGGAUUCAACUUAAAAAAAAGCUGGGGCUGCGGGAAAGAGAGAACUUCCAGAGAAAAAGCUGCAUACAAUGUGCUGAAGGAAGAAAUUAAGAAGUUAGGUGAAUUAAAUGUCCUCCUCUUGUUUGCAUUGCUGGUGCUCUUGUGGUUUACCAGAAACCCAGGCUUUGUAAAAGGCUGGGCUUCCUGGCUCUUCAAAGGAGGAGAAAAGUACAUCACUGAUUCUGUUCCUGCUAUGUUUGUUGCCCUGUUACUGUUUAUCCUUCCUGCUCAAAAGCCCACAUUCACAGCCUGCAAUCCAAGCAAGUCCGACCCUGAACAGACUGAAAAAGAUAUAAAGCCAUUUUUAUCAGCCCCGCUGCUAGAAUGGGAUGCGGUUCAAAGGAAGAUGCCCUGGAGCAUUGUGCUGCUGCUGGGAGGAGGUUUUGCUUUGGCUGAUGCAAGCGCAAACUCUGGGCUCUCAGCUUGGCUGGGUCGUCAAAUGACUCCAUUAGGAUCUAUCCCACCAUGGGCCAUUGCAACAGUGAUCUCCCUUAUUAUAGCUGUCUUCACUGAGUGCACCAGUAACGUGGCCACAGCUACCCUCUUCCUGCCUGUCUUUGCAUCCCUGGCUACAUCUAUCAGGAUCCACCCUUUGUAUGUUAUGCUGCCUGCUACCCUCAGUGCUUCAUUUGCCUUCAUGCUACCUGUUGCAACACCCCCAAAUGCAAUAGUGUUCUCUUAUGGCCACAUCCGUGUUUUGGAUAUGGUUAAAUCUGGAAUAGUGAUGAACGUCAUUGGAGUCCUCAGUGUCACACUGGCCAUCAACACAUGGGGAAGACCUAUGUUUGGGCUGGACACAUUCCCAGCCUGGGCAAACACCACAACAAAACAGUGAGCUGUGAAGAAUUCGUGUGUUA